AGAACUCGUGUCUACUAUUUUCUCGAAGAAAGGCUUGAAAUUUUAAAAUGGCUGCUACAAGGCUGUUACCAAUUUCUAAGCCUUUUGGCUAUGGAUUGUCCAGUGAAAUGUCCUUAAAUUUUGUUAAAUCAUCAAUGGAGUCUAGGCCUAGGAAACUCAUGUGUCUGGCCAAUGUAGGGUUGAAUUCCAAAAAUCCACUGCCAGGCGUACUUAUUUCAGAACCGAAAAUGGGUAAAGGGGUAGAUUUGUCAUUAUAUGUUACUGAUAAAAUGUUAGAGUGGAUGAAGUUUAUCACAAGAGAGAGGCCAUGGAGAUUUCAUAUACAAAUGCUUGUUGAAAAGGCUAUAGUUGAUUGUAGAUUUUUCACUUUGCUGGCAACUGCAGGGUCUUUGCUAGGUUCUGCAUUAUGUGUUGUUGAGGGGUGUUUUCUAAUAAUGGAGUCUUAUUUCCAAUAUUUUCAUUCACUAUCGCAAAUGUCAGAGCAAGGACAUGUGGUGCUCCUGUUGAUUGAGGCUAUUGAUAUGUUCCUGGUGGGAACAGCAAUGCUUGUUUUUGGAGUGGCUGUACAUGUGAUGUUUAUGGGACAAGACAAAGGAUUACAAUCAAAUUCAACACUGUCCAAAAAUUUCAAUCUCAAGAAACUCCCAUCAUGGAUGAGAAUGGAAUCGGCAGUAGAAGCAAAGUCGAAAAUCGUGCACGCCGUGAUCGUGAUACUUCAAGUGCAGGUUGUGGAGAAAUUCAAGAGCAUGUCAGUGACUAAUGUUGCAGAUCUUGUCUGCUUUGCUGGGGCUAUAUUUCUAUCUUCUGUUUCCAUAUUCGUGCUCUCUAGAAUGGCGAAUGCUCGGGCAAGGACUUAAGACUGGAUUUGCAUAGCAAGUUU